AUGCCUCCCUCGAACCCCUCUCUACACAAUCGUUCCGUCCGAAGACUAUGCUCCCGCCGUCCUCGCCCAUCCGUCGCGUCAAUAGCAGAUAUUUUUGUCGGCUCGUUGGUCCUAGCAAGCUUUUGCCAUGAGCAUUCACCGAGCCGCCGAGGGAUAUCUACGGUAUCGUGGAGCCCCUCAGAUCGCAAUUUACAACGAUUCCGAUCCAAAGGGGCGCCUUGUCGCCGGCAAUUAUCCCGACAUCCGCCAGAGCAUUCGAUAUCAAGUUUGAAUCCGUCGCAACCCAAAAGGUGGAUCAACCACGGGCUGGCACAUACGAAGGAUGACGAACCAGAAGGAACUAGCUCCCAUUACGACUCGCGAAGGGAGACGGAGACAGACGACGAUUAUAUACCCUUGUGGCCCGCAGAGAGUGCGGACACCGAAACCCAAAAGCAACCCCAAAGAUUUGAUUUCACAUAUACCCACGACAUCGACCAGAGGAUAUACCCGUCAAGCCGCACGGAACCUAACGUCGAUGAAACGGAAGAAUUUCCCCGCCAAUCAUUUCCAUCCUGGCGGCAUCCUGAGAAAGACAGGCGCAUCUCUACCUCCAAACUGUACCGGCGAGCAUUGGCCAAUUACGACUGGAAGGCAGCAGUCAAUGCGGUAGUUCCAUACUCGCACUAUAACAAAGUCCAGAAAGAUACCUCAGUCGACCAAACGGAUAUCGACUCAGUCGCGGAACUUGUCAGAGCGCUAUGGGGAGACCGUAACCCUUCUACUCAAUAUCUCUUCAGACUCUACAGGGAUCUUCCCGAACCUGGAGUAGCAGUCCUGUCACAGCGCACUCGUGGAGCGCUUCUGCGUGCCUUCGCGCAUCCGCGCGAUCGACGAUCGCCGGACGCUCGGCGCUACUUGACAUUGGUUGAUGACAUGAUUGCAGCCAGGUUGCCCGUCUCGCUAUCGCUUUGGUCUUCUGCCAUUCACCUUGCUGGCCGGGCGAAUGGCCGAGUGCUGAAACGAGACUUAAUCAGGGCUGUCAACCUCUGGCAGAAGAUGGAGCAUAUCGCAGGAGUGCAGGCUGAUGAGGUGGUCUUCAAUAUCCUGUUUGACAUCUCAAUCAAAGCCGGUGCCUUCCAGGUCGCUGAGCGCCUUGAGGAAGAAAUGACCAGUCGUGGCAUUGGGUUCUCGCGGUGCGGAAAGGUGUCCAAAAUCUACUACUUCGGAAUGAUGCGAGACGCAGAAAGCAUAAGACAUGCAUUUGACGAUUUCAUAGCAUCUGGAGAGAUCGUGGAUACUGUCGUCAUGAACUGUCUAAUUGCUUCAUUUCUCCGAGCCGGCGAAACGCAGACGGCGGAACAACUCUACGCCAGUAUGCUGAAGCAGCGACAAGCCAAGCUCGCGAAUCUCUCGGUUUCUGACGAUACGACGUCCGCAAUUGGUGGAUCUAAUUUGUGCUACGAUUUGCCCCAGUAUCGGCAACGAGUUCGCAAAUUGGGCCGCGUGUUGAAGAAGUCCGCCGCACUGAAACAGAAGUUCCCCGAAUACCACCGUGCUCUUCAAGACUCUCUCUCCAUAGCACCCGACACUCGCACAUUUCAUAUUUUCCUUCGACACCAUGCGCACAUUUCUGGUCGCCUUGACAGCUUCAUGGCUUUGAUGCGAGACAUGGAGAAGACAUUUGCAGUCCCACCCCGAGCCAUCAUCUAUCUGUUCCUCUUUGAGGGAUUCGCCAUACAUGGCCGAAGAAAGAAGCAAUGGAGCGCUGAAAACCUCCGCCUAACAUGGCAUGCUUAUAUCCGGGCUUUGCGUGACUCAAACGCCAGAAUCCGUGGGCUCAAUCUAAACAAUCGAAAGAUGAAGUGGGAAAACCCCCUUGCUCGGAGCGUCGCAACCGAUCUCAUUGAAGAGAUCCCAGUCACCGACACCCCCAACGGGCUCUACAUGUCUUUGCCAUCAGCAGAUGCGGAGGUAGAGGAACAAGGUACGGAAGAGACAAUCGAAAGUCCCGACCAAGCCAGUAAACCUCGCGAUGGUCAGAAACCCACUCCAGAAGUGGGCGAAGAUGACGAGACCUCCGACGUCGACGAAAUUGAUACCGAUGAAGUCUUUACACCCCCUUCAGACUUCCCGGAUGUCGAGCAGACACCCUGGGAUCCUGAGAAGCGUAUCGAAAACGGUGUUUUCAUUGGGCGCCGGAUGAUUAUUACCAUUCUGCAAGCCUUUGGGACAUGCUGUGGUCCCCAAGAGGUCUUGGAGGUUUGGCUGCAACUCGAACGACUUUGGCAUCCACAUCACCGCCGAACGGUCGACGUGCUCGCUGUUAAGGACGAACUGGAUAAGCAGAUGUCCAGACCUCCGCAUCGAAAGCGUUUCGUUCAACCAGAAGAGUCACAGGAUUGA